ACUCUCCGGCGGCGCCUAUGCGAUGCGGCGGCUCCACGAAUGUCACAUAUAUGAGCUUCUCCGAUAGCCCAAGCGGCGGCGCUGGCGUCGGUUUCAAUGGAACGUCGGUGCGACGGCGCAGCCGGCGCAGCGGCCCAGUGCCCGCUCAGUGCCCGAUCGUUUUAGUUGGAGUUGAUGAGCUGCGUUUUUUCUGUGGACGUCGCCACGUGGGGUUUUUUUUUUUUCCUUCGGUGUUUUUUUCGCACAUAGCCUGCAAGAGCCAUGCCGCGGCAUCGACAAAACCACUGUUACGCGCCUGGGUGCCAAACAGGCUAUGUUUAUGUGAAGGAUGGGCCAAAGGUGUCCUUUUUUGGCGUCCCGAAGGAUAAAAGUAGGCGGAACGAGUGGGAAAAGAACCUCCACAGAGCUGACAAGCCCCUGGACGACACGAGCGCAUUAUGCGAGCUCUAUUUCGAGCCACGUUUUGUGCUCAGGGAUUAUGUGCACAUCAUCCAAGGAAAAGAGGUGAGGAUAGCACGUGGCAAGCCGAUUCUCCGCGAUGAUGCCGUGCCAACCAUUUUACCUAAUUUGCCAACCUACCUUACCAAGAAGCUGACGCAAGAGAGAACUGCUCGAAAGAGGAAGAGGUCAGAAAAGACUGACGGGCAAUCAAAGCCCGCAUUCUUCCCUUCCGAUAAUGCUGUGGCCGUGCCGUUUCCUCGCACUGCCGACGCAAUUGGUACGCAGGAAAACAGCGUCAAUCACCAAUACCUUUCGGGAGCAGGCUGUGAAGAAUGCCCACAAGCGCCUAGACCUUCACCAUGCGAUAAUGUAAAUCAGUUUUAUUUGAACUUAGAAAUGCCAUCAGUAUACUGGAGCAAACACAGUUUUCCCGACCACGCCGGUGUCGUAUACUGCACGGCCGUGUUGACCUCUACUGCAGAAGUGCUCUCCGAGAAGGUAGUUAUGUUUUCAGAGUCGCAGUCUGCCACAUGCUUCAAGGUGCUCGCUAGAGGCGUUUUGAUUAAGGAAGGCGCUGUGCAGAGCAAAACAGAGGCGGAGGACGUGUUGAGAAAGACUGCCUCGAUGCAGCUGUGUGCUGGCGCAGUGAGACACGAGGACUAUGAUGAAGCUCUCUUCACAACCAAGCUAACGGACCACGUGUUGACACGCCAAGGACUGUACUUCAGCAGGAAUUUCCUUGGCCAUGUGCCUAAACAAGGAAUGCCAUGUGUAUCCUGCCUCUACCUGAGGCGAGCUUUGCUCACACGGCGAUCCCGAGCCCAGCAUAAGAUCACCAAGGCACGUCACAACAUUGCUCAGAGGCUGAAAACUGCAGUAAGAAGGAACAAGAGACUUUCCACCCGUCUGGCUGAUACAAGGGAGAGCCUUUUGAAAAUGGAACAGCAAGUCGCAGCGAAAAAAGCUGAUGUCCUUCAGGAACAGAUUGGGAGCCUUAUUAUACCCCAUGAACAGCAAGGUCCGGAAACAAGUUCCACGGCUGCAUAUGUUCCUUCACAAUUACCAAGCGAGCUUUGCCCAGCACAAAGUGGAGCUGCCGCAGCCAAGCCAGCUGCCUCCCGUAAAAGAGUGCGAGCUGGGCAUGACUCAGCCGUACUUGAAAUGGUGAAGGAACAAAAGAUGUUCCGCACCAUGUGGCGAGAAUGUAAAGAACAGGAACUGCAGCUGCAAAAUGAGCAUCUAAAGCUGCAGAAGGAGGCUGCUGUCCGCGAGGACAAGUUGAUUGACAUCCUGGGAAAAUUCUUGGCGCAGUAG